AUACCGGUUUGAAUUCAGAUUGACAUAAGAUUGACUGGCCAACUCUUGGUAUAUAAACCACUGCCCUUCUUUGAAGUUCUUAGACCAGCAGAGCUUAUAACAACGCCGAACUCCUAAACCAUAUUCUUCUUGCUUUCUUUCCAAAGGCUAGCUCUCACAACUUAAUACAAGGAUGAUCCCAACAGUUAUUUCGCUGUUCACAGCAUCUAUCUGGUUGGUGAGCUCCUUGCAGGUUGCGAGUGGAGCAUGCAGAAGCAGCGAAGAAUCAGUAACAUACGAGCUUGUGUUCCAUGGUGACUGGAGUCGGACAGCAUUCCCAAAGCAAUACCCGAUAUUUAGAAAGAGUGCACAAUGGUCACCUGUCUUGGGUGUGGUACACAACAGUCUCUUCACUAUGUGGAAAGAGGGUGAACUCUCCAGUGAGCCUUUCUCACGUUUUGUUGAAGGUGCUGACAUCAAGAAUCUUCGUCCAGCUCUUACAGGAAGAUCAACAGAUGUCUAUACCACCUUUGCCAGUGGUGCCGUGGCAUCUGGUGUUGGCAGGACAUCAAUUCAGUUCAGAAUGCAAAGAGAAUUUACCGAGGUCUCAUUCGCCGUUCGAAUUGUCCCGAGUCCUGAUUGGUUUGUGGGUCAGUCAUCCCUUGACCUUUGUAGCAGUGGAGAGUGGAUACACGACAUGACAUUGGACCUUUAUCCUUACGACGCAGGAACUGACCAAGGGUUCAUGUUCACCUCACCAGACUUCCCUGAGGUUACUCCUCAACCUAUCGUUGAAAUCACAUCCCGCGUACCAAGUCACCCUGCCAAUUCUUUCUAUUAUCCAAGGGUUGCACACCUGCCUCGUAUUGCACAUGUUACGUUGUCUCGAGUACACAAUGCCCAACCGGCCUGGAUGAGACUAUUACAAAGUGAUCGUGGUGUAGCUGAUGAAGAGGAGGACGAGGUACACAACGCUAUACCAAAGAACAAAAAUGGCUUCUUCGGUUUGAUAAAAGAUUCGAAGGCAACAACAACGAUAUCUGAUCAAGUACUGACGCCUCUAGAUUGUGAGGUGACGUCAUGGGGUGGGUGGAGCCACUGUGACGUCACGUGUCGAGUAGGUCUGAAGCGACGAUUUCGUCUAGUCCAACAGAAGCCCCUAAACCGUGGUGAGCCUUGUCCUGACUUGGUUGACGUCGUGAUAUGUGAUAAGACAUUGGCGAUGGUUAAACCUGAGAAAAAGAAGUGUGCCCAGAAACACAUCAGCAAGGAGAAAAAGCGAUACAUGAAGCAACAGCUCAGGAACUUCGACACUAAGGGCAAACGAAAAUACAUUGUCUAGUGGGCUGAUGAGUGCAUCUUCAACGAAAUAAUCAAUGAUUAAAUUUUGACUAUUGCUAAUCUACAAUACAUGUUUUAAUAAAGAUGCGGCACACACUAACACUAGUUCAACUCAAAGUGUCUCAUUCUCGCACCUUUAACUCAAUUCCUCGGGGUCCUACGCUGCAAGAGCUUACACGACGAACGGAAAAGAGGACGGUAGAUCAAUUUGCGCUUCCUCAUAUUUUUUUAACUAAAGAAACCAGUAUGCACAGACUAAUACUUCGUUCUUCCUGCUGUCAUGUUUGUGAAAGCUCCCUAUUAAUACCAUCGCCAUUAGUGCUAUAGAGAUAAUUGUAACUUCGGUUCAAUGAAAUGCAAUUUGUUAUGUCUAUUAAUUUAUCGAUUAAAAAAGAACGGUGCACUGUUUAGAAUAUUGGAUAAAGUACCUCAUAAUUUUUAGCUGUAUUCUAUACCUAACCAACUCUCGAAAAAUAAUUUGUUUAAUGUUCGGUAAACUUAUCAUUAAACCUAACCAAUACCCACAAAACGUAUGGUUAGGUAUUACAGAGUGGUGUGAAGUAGAUCUACGACAACAUGUAUCCCCUAUACUCACACAAGAACAUUCCCUAAUCAGAACAGUUUGUCCAUAUAGCAUUACAGAUGGUUCAGAGCAAUCUAUAUAGUUUUAGUGUCAUUAUCACGGUGGUAUUGCAGUGAUUUGCUGUGGCUGCUUUGAUGGUUCAGCUUCCAAAACAUAUGAAACAAAAUUUACAAUUGGACUGAUAUUUGUAAUAUUUCUUAUUGCCAAUAUGGUAUUAUAGAAAGAUCGUCACUCGCCAUGAUCACUGAAGCGUAGCAAGAAUUUAUAAUGACAAGACCAUGAAGGCAGAAGUGAAGAAGGUUAUUUGGCGAUAGAACAAUUAUUCUGAGAAACCACUGAAAAGAUUCUUUCCAAUCAUAUUGAGGUAUUUGCUAUAACACAUUUUCGUUCGGUUGAUUAAUGUUAUCACUGAUGUCUAUUGAACAGAACUCUUCUUGAAGGAGUAGGCUUUAUUGAAGAUAUGAUGGAGUUGGCUAGCUGUCUAGUAAUAUCGCUUAGAAGCUUGCGACUAUUGAGCACAAAUUUAACCAAUCACGCACAUAAAAACCCAAAACGUUGGGAUAUGUUGUUUCUAACUUACCGAUUUUGAUCGUGUUAUUUACCCGGCGAUCAGUGAGAAACUGGUAAUCCUUCUGGCAAAGUUGUUAGGGGUUGAUCAUGUUAUUUACCUGGCGAUCAGUGAGAAACUGGUAAACCUUCUGGCAAAGUUGUUAAGGGUAAGGGGAACCAAUGAUCGCAUUUUUUCAGCGCUAUGGGUUAUCAUCAAACCUACUUUAAAGGUCAAGUCCACCCCAGAAAAACGUUGAUUUGAAUCAAGAGAGAA